AUGACAUUUUUCUGGUCUUGCAACGGCUUUCAGGGUCUAGUUUAUGUCGUCAGUCUCGUUCUACCCAUGUUAAUUCAGAAUGGCCUCUUUGUUUCAGCGCACCCUGCUCCUCACUCAGCAUUUCCUAGUGCCUACAUACGUUAUACGGACAUUAAAGGAAGUUACCCUAAGCAAAGGCAGCUAGAAUGUAAGCCAAGCGCUUGUCAGUCAAACAAGCAGUAUCUUGAGCACUUCGUCAAAAGAAACCGCGAAACUGGAGUGUCAAUCAUCGAGCGAGACAUACUCGAUCAUCAUCAAGGUACCUUUUUGCAAAUCGAGACGCGAAAGAUUUCGUACAUCUUGAGCUGCGUAAGAGGCCCUACACUCGCGACUAUUCAUGCAGUACUGUGGUUCAUACUGCUUUCGUUGUAA